AGCUGAACCUAUUUUUCAGCCGCAAUUUAAUAAAUUCUUUCCUCGCCCGUUGUAAUAGAAUACUACAUAUAUGCUGCAAAUAGCACAGAUAAAUGGCAAUUGGACGCUGUCAACCGUGGUCACCAACACUAGUUCAUCAAAAUCGAACACAGCCGAUAAUUGUGCCGAUAAAGAGAGCAAAACAUCCUCAUUGGCUCUAACCCAAAAGAAUAUGAAUCUCAGGUUCAUUCCAGGACAACGAGGCAAAUCUUUGCUGUGCUUCAACAAUUUCACGUAUGCACAAAACAAUGUUUGCGGUAAUACAACUUAUUGGAACUGUCGUAGCCGACGCGUUGGCCAGAAGCCCUGCAAGGCUCGCAUCACAACAACAAAACAACCAAACGGUCUGUUCAGGGUGUGUCUAACUAAGCCCGAGCACAAUCAUGAACCCUCACCUCGUGUGCUGAGAAAGAUCGAAAAAUCACUUUAAACUUAAUUUAAUAAUAAAUUCAAUUCAAUUCAAUAAAACUUAUAAUGGUGGUUUGUCACA